AUGGAUACUUGCUGUAGUAUAUAUCAUUGCAGGCCACACAGAUCGAUUUGCAUUCCAACAGGCCACAUAAUUCUAAGUCUUGAUCAGCUCAUUCAUGGCGAUUCCGUUGCUCCUUCUUCUUGUACUAGUAGCAGCGCCACGGUCAGUACAAGCAUCGCGGCAGUUGCAUUUGCAUUUGCAUCCCAUCGUCCUCGUGCCGGGCUACGCCAGCAACGAGCUGGACGCGCGGCUCACCCAGCUCUACCGGCCUUCAUGAGCUCCGUGUACGACGCCGCCUCCGACGACUACUACAACGUCCCCGGCGUCGAGACGCGCGUCCCGUUCUUUGGAUCCACCAAAGCUUUCCGCUAUCCCGAUCCAGACGACAAGAGUUUCUCCUACAUGGAGAAGUUGGUGGAGCGGCUGGAGAAGAUGGGCUACCGAGACGGCGAGACCAUGUUCGGCGCGCCCUACGACUUCCGCUACGCCGUCGCGCCGGUGGGGCGCCCGUCCAGGGUCGGCUCCGCGUUCUUCAGAGCGCUCAAGAGCCUGGUCGAGAGGGCGAGCCAGCUCAACGGCGGCAGGCCGGUGAUAAUCUUCACGCACAGCUACGGCGGCACGCUGGCGCACCAGUUCCUCGUCCGGCGGCCACUGCCCUGGCGCAGAAGGUUCGUGAGGCGCUUCGUGCCCGUCGCUGCUCCGUGGGGAGGGCUCGUCCUGGGGAUGCAGGUGCUCCUCUCCGGGAACAACCUGGCCCUGCCGUUCGUCGACCCCCUGGCGCUGCGUCAGGAGUACAGGAGCCUUCAGAGCAGCCUCUGGCCGCUGCCCAGCCCGGCGGUCUUCGGCACCGCGCAGCCAUUGGUGACAACCAAGAGCAGGAACUACUCGGCCGGCGACGUGGCGGGCUUCCUUGAUGCCAUCGGGCUCGGCGACGCCGUCGAACCGUACGAGUCCCGCGUGCUGCCUCUGUUCGGAGAGCUGCCGGCUCCCUUGAGGGUGCCGGUGAGCUGCGUGGUGGGAGUCGGGGUGGGGACGCCGGAGAGGAUGGUGUACCCGGGGGAUGACUUCGAUGUGACGCCCGGAGUGGUCGUCGGGGACGGAGACGGGCUGGUGAACCUGGCGAGCCUCGUGGCGGUGGAGACGGCAUGGCGUCGUGCUGGCCAUUUUAGGAUGGUGAAGGUUCCGAACGUGUCCCAUACCGGCAUUCUUGUGGAGGAUCGUGCGCUGGACAUUGUCAUCCACGAGAUUAAACUUGCUAAUUAA